GUGCGGUGGGGUGGGGGAGAGAAGGAAAGGAGAGAAAGGCCGGGGGAGUUUGGGUGUUGCGUGAGGCGAGGGAACGGCGCCACCCUGAAGAGGAGGAAGAGGGCGCGCGCGCAAAAUUGGCUCCAGGAUGAUGGAGGACGGAUUCUCCAGUUACAGCAGCCUCUAUGACACCUCCUCGCUCCUGCAGUUCUGCAACGAUGACAGUGCUUCUGCUGCAAGUAGCAUGGAGGUGACAGACCGCAUUGCUUCAUUGGAGCAACGUGUUCAGAUGCAGGAAGAUGACAUCCAGCUGCUCAAAUCAGCUCUGGCAGAUGUAGUUAGGCGCUUGAAUAUUACUGAGGAGCAACAGGCCAUGCAGAACAAAAAAGGACCUACCAAAGCAAGACCCCUUGUACAAACACUGCCUUUAAAGACUACUGUUAAUAAUGGUACUGUUUUACCAAAGAAACCCAGUGGGUCUCUACCUUCCCCAUCAGGAACCCGAAAAGAAAUUGUAUCACCAGCAGCAAAAAGAUUGAACCAGUCUGUGAGUCUUCUCAAUGCAUGCAAACUGAAAAAAACUGCUCUAAGCACUGUCAAAAGAACCAACUCAGCUGAACGUGUGUCUCCAGGAGGUCGGCGGGAAAGCUAUGGGGAUGCCAAAGGCAGCCGCAAUCGAGCUGGAUCCACAAGCAGUUCAUCCAGUGGUAAAAAGAAUAGUGAAAGCAAGCCUAAGGAACCAAUGUUCAGUGCAGAGGAAGGAUAUGUAAAAAUGUUUCUCCGUGGACGUCCUGUUACUAUGUACAUGCCCAAAGAUCAAGUGGAAUCUUAUAAUUUGGAAGCAAAAGCAGAACUGCCAGCCAGGAGGCUUAAAUUGGAAUGGGUAUACGGCUAUAGGGGUCGAGACUGUCGCAGUAACCUGUACCUCCUACCAACGGGUGAAACUGUAUAUUUCAUUGCAUCUGUCGUGGUAUUAUACAAUGUGGAAGAGCAGUUGCAGAGACAUUACACUGGUCAUAAUGAUGAUGUGAAGUGCCUAGCUGUCCAUCCUGACAGGAUCACCAUAGCAACUGGUCAGGUUGCAGGAACAUCUAAGGAUGGGAAGCAACUACUGCCCCAUGUUCGCAUUUGGGAUUCUGUUACUCUGAAUACGCUACAUGUCAUUGGGAUGGGAUUCUUUGACAGGGCUGUCACCUGCAUUGCAUUCUCCAAAUCAAAUGGAGGGAGUAACCUUUGUUCCGUGGAUGACUCCAAUGACCAUGUCCUCUCGGUUUGGGACUGGCAAAGAGAAGAAAAGCUUGCAGAUGUAAAGUGCUCUAACGAAGCAGUGUUUGCAGCUGAUUUUCACCCUACAGACACAAAUAUAAUUGUUACGUGUGGAAAAUCACAUCUUUAUUUUUGGACACUUGAAGGGAGUUCUCUGAUUAAAAAGCAGGGAUUAUUUGAGAAACAAGAAAAGCCAAAGUUUGUCUUGUGUGUGACGUUUUCUGAAAAUGGAGAUACUAUCACAGGAGACUCAAGUGGAAAUAUCUUAGUGUGGGGAAAAGGUACCAACAGAAUAAGCUCUGUAGUUCAAGGUGCCCAUGAAGGUGGCAUUUUUGCACUUUGUAUGCUGCGAGAUGGAACACUUGUAUCUGGAGGUGGAAAAGACAGAAAGUUAAUCUCUUGGAAUGGAAAUUACCAAAAAGUUCACAAAACUGAGAUUCCAGAGCAAUAUGGACCCAUAAGAACAAUAGCAGAAGGGAAAGGUGACAUUGUGUUGAUAGGCACUACUCGGAACUUUGUUCUACAAGGCUCCCUCUCAGGGGACUUUUCUCCCAUUACGCAGGGUCAUACUGAUGAGCUUUGGGGUCUAGCAGCCCAUCCAUCCAAACCUCAGUUCUUCACUUGUGGACAAGACAAACACAUCACACUCUGGGAUGCCAUCAGUCACCAUCCAAUCUGGAAUAAAAUUAUAGAGGAUCCAGCGCAGUCUUCUGGUUUUCAUCCUGUAGGGUCUGUAGUUGCAGUAGGAACAUUAACUGGAAGGUGGUUUGUGUUUGACACUGAAACAAAGGAUUUGGUCACUGUACACACAGAUGGAAAUGAACAGCUGUCCACAAUGCGUUACUCACCAGAUGGCAAUUUCUUGGCAAUAGGUUCUCAUGAUAAUUGCAUUUAUAUAUACAGUGUUAAUGACAAUGGGAGGAAAUACAGUAGAAUUGGCAAAUGCUCAGGUCAUUCCAGCUUCAUUACUCACUUGGACUGGUCUGCUAAUUCUCAGUACCUUGUGUCUAAUUCAGGGGACUAUGAAAUCUUAUACUGGAUUCCUUCAGCUUGUAAACAGGUAGUAAGUGUGGAAACCACUAGAGAUAUAGAAUGGGCUACUUACACCUGUACUUUAGGAUUCCAUGUUUUUGGUGUGUGGCCAGAAGGUUCAGAUGGCACAGAUAUUAAUGCUGUUUGUCGCUCCCAUGGGAAGAAAUUGUUAUCAACUGGUGAUGACUUUGGGAAAGUACAUCUCUUCUCGUAUCCAUGUUCACAGUUUAGGGCUCCAAGUCACAUGUAUGGUGGGCACAGUAGUCAUGUAACCAAUGUAGAUUUUCUAUAUGAAGAUACUCAUCUCAUCUCUACAGGAGGAAAAGACACCAGUAUUAUGCAGUGGCGAGUCAUUUAGAGGAGACUUUGUAUGAACAUGUGUAACCAAGAGCUGGCUAUUCACCAACAUUGUGUAAAAAUUGUAUUUAAGAUUUAACAGUAUGGUUUCCGUCUAGCCUAGUCACUGUGAUUUAUAAGUUUAAAAUCCUUGCAGACCUCAGGAAAGCUAUGUCUUUGGCUGGCUACCGUACUUAUUUCAGUAAUUCUUUGAGCAUCACUUUAAAACAACAGCAGUUUUCUCCCCUCUUUUUUUCCCUCUUUGUUGUACAACAUACAAAACAGCACAGGUUUAAAAUGAAGACACGGAUUACACAGUUGAACAGAUAUUUUCUAUUAAAUAAUUACUUUAAAAACUAUUCUACUACUACAUAUAUGUGCUUCACAGUUUCGUUAUUUACACCUUAUACUGUCUAGCUACAUAGUUAGAAUAUCUAUUGUUGCAAAAGUUAUGGUACUUUCAUUUCUAGUGAAAAGGGAAAAAUGGAUAUUGGAAGUUUGACUCAUGCUGGACAGUAUCAAAUCAAUAAGCUGCUGAACUGUUCUGCAACGUUCACUUUGAAGGUGCUUCCAUAUACAGUAUUCGCCAUGUGGAAUGAAGUAGACAUUUUACACAGCAACAGUUGUAGAGCUUCUCCCACACCACAGAACUUAUUUAAAUAAGAAAAUGUGAAUGUUAGAAUAUAUAUUAACAUAUUUUUUUCUUCUGGCAUAGCAAACUUUAAAGUGAAGAGGACACAAUCCAGCAAAAUGUACUUGCUAAUUCAUUUCCAUACAACAGCCUGUAACGGUACUCAGUUUCAAUUAACUUUAUUCUACUGAUUUCGGUGGAAUUAACAGUUGCUGGAUAGUGCCGAGAUUUAUAUUCCUUUUAAAAUGAAGCAGCAGGUUGUACCCCAGUUUUAACUUGAAUAUCUCAGCAGGGAUUACUUCUUCAGGUAACCUGAUUCCAGAUGUCUUGCUUUUUUUUUUAACAAGUAUAUGAUCAGUUUCUUAUUUCAAAAUAAAUAACCAGCCUGAUCACAUCUCAAUUGUUCAGUUGACAGAGUAAACCAAUCUGGAUAUCAAUCAGCAUGAAUAUUACUACCUUAUAUACAUGUGUACAAUUUUUGGAAAUUUGUAUGAAAUAGUAAAGCAUUCUAAGCUUUACUUGUGUAUUGCUUAUGGAUAUUGUAUAUUCGUAUUUCAAGGCCAAGAAGACUAUGUACAAAGAGAGCUCUGAGUGUACCAUAAAUCUGCAGGGGAGAUGGCGAAGUGAACAUAUAUGAACCAUUAAGAGAGCCAGCAGCACUCUAUAAGCAACCCAGUGAUAUUUUGUGGCUGUAGUAUUUUUAGCAGUAGCAAUCAAGCAGGAUGCUGUUAAAGAGAUGUGUGUCCCAGGAUCUCUGACAAUGUUGCAGAAGAUCUGGUGCUGGAUUGUGUGAUGCAGCCACUUCAAACAGCAAAAGGCUGGGGUGACCUACAUGUUAAUAAAUAACUUCCUCCACCACCACCCCUUUCUGUGGGUUUUGCAUGGACCGAUAUUUGUAGUACAAAAGACUACUGUGUUUUGCAUUGAAGUAAAAAGUGGAGGUGGCAUAGGAGUUCAGAAGGCCUUAUACAUUUUGAUUGUGACACAGACUGAAAAUUGUUGUUUACAUUGGAGAAUGUACCUAAAGAUUUUAAAAGAACAGAGUUAUAAACAGGUCUGAAAAUUUGAAUGGUGUUUUUUUUUCAUAGUGGACAAAAACAUGCAAAUUAAUCAAACUUUGAAGCAUGGGUUGUCUGAGUUCUUUCAAUGGAUAUUUGAAAAACUUCAAGGCUUUUUAAAAGCAUCUCCAACCCAUUACACCGAAAGAGCAGGCUACGAAUAAACAUCAUGUAUCAAGGUGAAUUGUUCUGAUUUCUGUUAUCUUUAUAUAAUUCAAUAUGCAUUAAAUUCAAUACUAAAGUUUUUGUAUGCUUCUGGAUAAAAGUAAAACAUCCUAAAGCAACUUCAGUACACCGGGUUGACUAUAACCCUUCCCCUUUUAUGUAUAUGUAUAUGUUCAAAUGAAGUAAAAUCAAAUGCUCAUUGCUGGA